AUGUCUUUUAAUUCACAAUACAGUACAGUGUUUUGGUCGCCAGAAAAUGAAGUACAAUAUUUUAAUACAAACAUAUCGGAUAAUUCUCAACCUUAUUUCUUUGAAGGCGAUAGCGAACCUUUGACCGUAGACCAGAUUAACGAAAAUCAAAAACGUUCGUAUAUGCAAUGGGUAGACUUUGAUAAUCAAGAAAGGGCUACUAAAAUGGCUAAACUUGAUGAAUCAGAAUUAUCAACUUACGGUGGUCCUGAAUUACUGACUUACAGAGAUCCUGAUUUAUCUUAUAGUGAAUCAGAUUUAUCUUUAUACGGCGAGCCAGGUUUGUCAUCAUAUGGUGAUCAGGAUUUGUUAACAUAUGGUGGUCAAAAUUUAUUGUCAUAUGGAGAACCGGGAUUGUCUACCUAUGAUUAUGCCUUACCUUUUAUCGGCGAUAACAUGUCUAUAGACAAACAAUAUGAAAUUGAUGAACAAGAUAUUAAACCAUAUAAAAUUGAUGAGAAUCCAUCCUUACAAGUAACAAAUCAUUAUAAACAAAUACCUUUGCAAGUGGUAAACCAUUAUGAAUCCGAAGAACAAACGCCUUCACAAGAGACUAAUCAAUAUGAAAUUGAUGAACCAACAAAUUUACAAGAGAUUAACCAACAUGAAAUUGAUGAACAACCGUCUUUACAAGAGAUUACCCAGUUUAAAGUUGAAGAACAACCGUCUUUACAAGAGAUUAACCAGUAUGAAGUUGAAGAUCAAACGUCUUUACAAGAGAUUAACCAGUAUGAAGUUGAAGAUCAAGCACCUUUACAAAAGAUUAAUCAGUAUAAAGUUGAAGAGCAAACUCAUUUACAAGGGAAUAAUCUGUAUAAAAUUGAAGAGCAAGCACCUUUACAAGGGAUUGAACUGUAUGACCUUACCGAUCAACCAUCUUUACAAGAGGCUGAACAGUUCAAUAUUAGUGAUAACUUACCUUUACAGGAAAUUAAAAAAAUUAAUAUUAGUGAUCAAUUAUCUUCUCAAGGUACCAUGCAGUACAAUGUUAACGAUCAAUUAACUUCACAAGGGGCUAAGCAAUAUGAAAUUGAUGAACAAUCGUCUUUACAAGAUACUAAACCAUAUGUAAUUGAAGAGGAUGAAGAGAAUUCAUCUUUGCAAGAUAUUAAACCAUAUGUAAUUGAAGAUGAGAAAUCACCUUUACACCACAUUAAAUCGUAUAAAGUUGAUGAUUUGUCAUCGGUACAAGAUCUUAAGCAUGAGGUUGAUGAAUAUUCUUCUUUACAAGACAUCAAACCGUACCAGCAAGAUGCUAAACCGAAACAUACUGUGGAUUCUGAAUGUGAAAUAGAGGUUAUUGAUCUUACGGAAGAUGAUGAUCCUCCGACAAUUCCUGCACCAACAUUCACCUCAGCAUCAACAUUCAUAGAUAAAAUUAAGCAGGAACCCACAUCUUUUUCUCCUAUAUCACCUUUUACUUUUGGUCACAGCAACUUUAUAUCAUCAUUGAAAUUGUCUCAAAGUCCUAGCACUUUAUUUUCAAGUGUUAAUAAUAACACAUUUCCCACUAUCAAUAACGCCGCAUUUCAAACUGCUAAUAACAUUCUAUCUCAAAAUGUCAAUAGCCUUUUAUCAUCCAAUGUUAAUAAUAAUUUGAUGCUCAAUUUCAACAAUCCCCCCUCACUCAAUGAAACUAAGCCAAAUCUGCUCGAAAAUAGACCAGUAAAUUACUCAAAAUCAAUAAAUCUUCAAGAUCUUUUGGAUAUGAUACCUCUGGAUGAAUCUAAUCAUACUCCCGUUGGCGAAGCUAUGCGCAAAAUAAACGCUCGCAAAGGGAUUAUACCUGGCUUAUCCAUCCAAUUAAUGGAUCAUCAAGUAAUUGGUGUUUCUUGGAUGGUUGAUCAAGAAAUAAAAGAAAAAGUUAGAGGUGGUAUUCUCGCUGAUGACAUGGGGUUGGGAAAGACAGUCCAAACCAUAGCAACUUUAGUAAUAAAUCGUCCUGAUACAAAAAAAUCGAGAUCCUCUAAAUCAACAUUGAUAGUUGCCCCAACAGCUCUUAUUUAUCAAUGGAAGAGUGAAAUUUUAAGUAAAACUGAACAAGACUUGUUCUCCGUACAUGUAUAUCAUGGUCAAAACAAAGCAAGUUUUCAUAAUUUGAAAAAAUACGACGUAGUAAUUACAACUUAUCAGACUCUCCUUCGUGAGUGUCCUGAAAUUGAAGAGGAUGAUAGGGGUUCUUUAUUCCGAAUGGAUUGGUUCAGAGUAGUUUUGGACGAGGCUCAAAAUAUUAAAAAUCGUCAUUCUCGUGCGAGUAAAGCAUGCUCCUAUUUAUCAAGCACUUAUCGUUGGUGUUUAACUGGUACUCCAAUUCAAAAUCAUAUAGAUGAUCUUUAUCCUUAUUUCCGGUUUCUCGAUAUUGCAAAUUUUUCGGAUUGGCAAACAUUCCAUGAACAACUUAGCUCUGCAUCACAAAGAGCUAUACAAAAAGCGCAAACUAUUCUUCGUGGAAUCCUUUUGCGUAGGACUAAAGAUUCUAAAUUGGAUGGAAGGCCAUUGUUGGAACUUCCCACAAAGACAGUGUCUUUUGUUAAACAAGAAUUUUCACGAGAUGAAAGAGAAUUUUACGACGCACUUGAAAAACGAUCAAGGAUAGAAUUUAAUCGUUACCUAAAAGAAGGAUCCGUUUUAAAGAAUUAUGCAUAUAUUCUUGUGAUGCUAUUACGUUUACGUCAGGCAUGCAAUCAUCCAUUUUUGACACAAGAAGAUAUUGGACAUGUUAUUAUGUCAGCCGAUGAUCCGAGAUCGUUGCGUCAUCCAACAUUAAAUGUCAAUAACCAAGAGAAAAACAUACCUAACCAACUUGAACAGGCAAAAAAGAUAUUGACUGAUAAAGUAAUAGCUCGAUUAUUUGAAAAGUAUAAAGAUAAUAGCACUAGCGAUGACUGCCCUAUUUGUUAUGAUAGUGCCAUUGAUUCGGAAAAUAAAGAAAAUGUUAUUGAUAUUGAGGAUAAAACGUGUCCUAUUUGCCGAUCUACAAUAAAGGAACGUGACUUUAUUAGUUUAGAUGUAUUUCUUCCACCUAAAAAGAAUGAACCGCAGGAUAAUGAUGAUGAUCAUGAUCUUCCUACUCUUGCUGAAACUUUAAAGGCCAUUUCAAGCUCCUUUAGUGGAUCCGAUGUUGAUGAUGUCUCACCAUCUUCUGAAAAGAAAUCUUCUGGAAAGAAAGCUUCUGAAGAAAAGAGCAAUGUUAUUAAUAAUUUUACGACCAACAACACAUUUGCCAAUGCACCUGAAGGUUCAUUUAUGUCAUCUACUAAAAUAGAUCAAUUAAUGAAGGAACUAGCUUUUGCACAACAAGAAGAACCCGGUUGUAAAACUAUUGUUUUUUCGCAAUGGACUUCAAUGUUAGAUUUAGUCGAAGAACCUAUUAAACAAGUCGGAUAUAAAUUUUGCAGGUAUGACGGUACUAUGGAUGUUAGAGAACGCGAUAAUGCUUUAAGGAAAUUAUUACAAGAUUCUGAAAUUACAAUUAUGCUUGUUUCUUUGAAAGCUGGUGGUGUUGGUUUAAAUCUCACCAAAGCAAAUAGGGUUAUUAUGCUUGAUUGUUGGUGGAAUCCUGCCGUUGAAGAUCAAGCAAUCGAUCGUGUUCAUCGCAUUGGUCAAUGUAAGAAAGUUAUUAUAAAACGAUUGACUAUAAAGGACACUAUUGAAGAUCGUAUCUUAAUUCUUCAGGAAAAAAAGCGUGAGCUAGCUGCAGGCGCCUUAGGAGAAGGAAGUAUUAAAGUCGGAAGAUUAACAGUAGAGGAUUUAAUAUUUCUUUUCCGCCGUUAA